CAGGUCAAGAAUGGAUCGGGCUCCUCUAUAACGCACCCUAGCAUGGCACAGCAGUAUACAAAAUUUAUAUUGCUGAAAGUACUCUACGAUUGAGGAUAUCUGAAAAAAUAACAGCUUCCUACGCAGCAUACACAGACAAUCCAUCAAUUUCUGAAAAUUACAUAUUGAUUCCUGAAAAUGAAACCCACUCAACCAUUUGGAUUGUCUGGACUCUGAAGUACAGUUUUGUGAAGGGUUGAAUGAGUCGCAAGUCGAAAAAGAAAAAGAAAAAAGAGUCACGUAUCUUAAUGGGUUAAGGAGCCGUUACUGAAACUCAGACAGUGGCAAAAGAAAUCCAUCAGUUUUCUUUGGCUAUUAAGCAGUUGCCCACUGCCCAUGGCCAAAUGGCAAAACAAUAUAGAGGAGAGGACAGAGGUUACCGGGAAAACCAUGAGUGGAGAAGGAAUCUUACUUCUUCAUGUACCCUUUUUUUCGACUCUAAUAUAUUCCAUAUUUCUCCAUUCAAUUUAAUGUUUGAUACUCUUUUUCACUUUCCACUUAUGAACUCAUCUCAUCUCCCUCUUUCAUAAAUAGGAUCUCCUUUCAACACCUUCUUGAUGUGGGAGUGAAAGUGAUUAUUUUGAUGGAUAUCAAGAGGUAUAGGGCUCAUUUAUCUACAUCAAAUCCUAUAGAUCACAGAAAUGAGAGUGUUUCUCGAGGAGUUGCAGAGAAGAAAUCAGUUGGGUUCUUCAUGACUAUGAAGUUGGUGGGGAUGAUUUUUACAGUUUUGAUUACAGUUUCUGUUAUUUAUCUUUAUGGAGUACCUUCAUGGGGUGGAGUUAGUGGAUUUGCCAAGGCAAGGUCUUUAGAAAUGAAAGCUGAAGAAGUUCGGUACCCUCCUGUGGAUGUAAUCCAGGAAUCUGUGGAAGAAAAGGAUUUCAAAAUGGGGGCUGAAAAAGUUUCAGGUUCGGAAUAUGUUUCAUCUCAUAAAAUUGACUCACCUAAAGAUAAACAUCUUGGUGGUCUUCUUGCUGCUGGGUUUGAAAAAGCAUCUUGUCUAAGUAGGUAUCAAUCCUUCUUAUAUCGCAAGACAUUACCACACAAACCUUCCUCUUACCUUCUUUCUAGUUUGAGAAAAUAUGAAGCUCUCCAUAAACAUUGUGGGCCCUAUACAACAUCGUACAACAAAACUAUGGAACAACUCAAGUCCAAGCAUAACAAUGAGCCACUGGAAUGUAACUAUGUGGUGUGGAUUUCAUUUAGUGGCUUGGGGAACAGGAUACUAACCAUAGCUUCAGCAUUCUUAUAUGCCCUUCUCACCAAUAGAGUGCUUCUUGUUGACCGUGGGACUGACAUUGCUGAUCUAUUCUGUGAACCAUUUCCAGAGACAUCUUGGCUACUUACUGUGGACUUCCCCCUUAAGCAGCUUAAUAGUUUUAAUAAAAAAUCAUCCCAUAGCUAUGGGAAUAUGCUAAAAAAUAAUGUUAUAAACAAUUCAACAUCACCCUUUCCACCCUUUUUGUAUCUUCAUCUUGUUCAUGAUUACAGUGAUUAUGAUAAGCAUUUCUUUUGUGAUCAAGAUCAAAUCCUUCUCCAUAAGGUUCCAUGGUUGAUUAUGAAAACAGACAACUACUUUGUUCCAUCUCUCUUCUUAGUCCCAUCUUUUGAGCAAGAACUGAGUAAACUCUUCCCUGAAAAGGACACUGUCUUCCACCACUUAGGUCACUAUCUUUUUCACCCAUCCAAUCCAGUAUGGGGGUUGAUUACAAGGUUCUAUCAUGCCUACAUAGAAAAAGUUGAUGAGAGGGUAGGCAUCCAGAUCAGAAUCUUUGAGACUGGCAAUAGCCCAUUCCAACACAUUCUUGAUCAGAUACUAGCUUGUUCCCUAAAAGGGAAAGUGCUUCCAAAAGUCAAUGUGAAGAAAUCCAUAAUCCAUCCAUCUGGAAACCAGAAGUCUAAAGCUGUUCUAAUAACAUCUUUAAAUGCUGGAUACUUUGAGAAGAUAAGGAACAUGUAUUGGGAACACCCAACUGUGAGUGGAGAGAUGAUUGGAGUGAACCAGCCAAGCCAUGAAGAAUACCAACAAUCUGAGAAGAAGAUGCAUAACCAAAGGGCAUGGGCAGAAAUGUAUCUCUUAAGUUUGACUGAUGUAUUGAUCACAAGCUCAUGGUCAACUUUUGGGUAUGUGGCUCAAGGUCUAGGAGGAUUAAAACCAUGGAUUCUUUAUAAGGCUAAGAACAAGACAACCCCUGAUCCUCCUUGUCAACAGGUCAUGUCAAUUGAGCCUUGUUUCCAUGCACCUCCCUUUUAUGACUGCAAGGCAAAAACAUGGACUGAUACUGGCGCAAUUGUCCCCCAUAUAAAGCAUUGUGAGGACAUGAGUUGGGGUGUUAAGCUAGUCAAUCAUGGCUGAUUUUAUCUUUAUCAUUAUUUAUGACUGUAUUUUUUCCGUAGAUAUAUGUAAACCAAAGAAUGUGUGUGUGUGUGUGCGAGAGAAAGAAAGAGAGAGAGUUCCAAACCAAAUAUUUUUUUGAAAUAUCUUCAUAAAGUUUAUGGGUAAACUAGAUGGAUGUAUUACAAGUGUUUUCUAUAGAAGAGGAAUCAUUUAGACUAAAUAAUUCUUCGAUUUAUUUGUCUCA